UUUUUAGACAGAAGGAGUCGUGCUUCUGAGCUCCCAGGAUAGGAAGCGCCACUUUGGCGGAUCUGACAAGAUUUGGAGAGGGACCAUGUCUUCAACUUGGAAGACCCCACACAGUUCAGUGCCAAUGCCGGAGAUGAUAGUGAAAAUUAUUGGAAGUAAACACUUUCGAUACUUCGUAGAAAAGCCAAUGAUUAAGCAGAAUGAGAAGUUGAAGACAGAACCUCAAACCUCACUCCAGAAACCCAAGACUGAUUAUUCGAGACAGAUUUCCCAUGAGACAAAUGUCCACUGCAGCUCUGUACCAACAGGAGACCAAUCUCUAUCCUACAUGCAUAGUCUCCCGAGAAAAAAGUCUAUAGACUGGUGCUUGGGACAUACAGCGAAGGACAGCUCUGGGCAAGCCGAGGAAAUUGUCCAAAGGCCAAGUAUUGUCCAAAGGCCAAGAGAAGAUACGUUUUUAACCAUGCUGGUCAGAAGAGAACUCAACUCGUGCCCAUUGAACUCAAAUUUGUUGGAUAAACUUCAGAAAGAGCUGAAGACUCUGGACCCCAUCUCUUCAGGCUUUCUCCACCAAUCACAGCUUAGCCACCUCUUCCUAAGGCAUAAAGUCCCUCUGUCAUUACCAACAGUCAAGCUCUUCUGCCAAAGAUUUUCUAGAAGGAGUUCUCCGGAAAUGGUGAAUUAUGGAGAGCUACUCAAUUUUUUGAAAGAAGCAACUAAAGAUAAUUUACAGCAAAAUGGAACAGCUGUAUAUAGUAACCCAAGGAAAACUCCAAGUCCAAGCUACCAUAAACAAAGCAUACUGCCUCAACAUUCCAGCUUACUGUCUGAAGUGAACAAGAGCCUGCUAGAGAUUUUGAAGAUGGCACUAAGAACUUGCCAAGGCAAAUUCAACAUAGACUGCCUCAACCUGAGCUUUCGAAAAGAAGAUUACUCAUUCUCUGGCUGCCUGCCCCUGCCCAAGGUCAUGUCUAUAUGUAGCAAGCAUGGACUCUAUGUAACCAUGAGCCUGCUGGAAACAUUGCUCUACCACCAAGAGUUGGGUUACCGAGGUGAAAUAAAGUGGAAGAAUUUUGUUAAGUGGCUGAACAGGGCUUCUUCUGAUUUGCUAUGUGAUAUGCCAGCAGGAAAGAAUAAAAAGAAAACUGGAGAGGAUUUGGUUGACAUCUCUGAAAGACCCCAAAGAAAAACUGAACAUGUGAAAACUACAGAAGAGAAUCUGCAGCCAAAAUUCCCUACCACUGUGACUUCAGCACCAGAAGACCCUGUGACCUCCUUUAAAAAUAGGCCAAUCUCCCAGCCUGUUGAGCAUCCAGCCAUGAUGAAGGAUGAACAAACUGAGUUAUGGAUAGACAGGUUCAGAAAGCUGGAAAAUGCUCUUUACCUGUGUGACCUGAGCAACACAGGAGUGCUGGAGCAGGAGCGAGCCAGGCGCCUCAUUCACAACUACAACCUCAUUUACAACUUGUCCCUGAGUCCCCGGAGAAUUGAGCAGGCCUUUCGAAGAUACCGGUCUGGAGAAAACAUAAUCUUGGAGCCAGCACUUCAGUACUUAAAAGAGCUGUGAGAACAAGCACACACCAUGAGAGUAGCUGUGUCUCUCAUCCCCCCUUGAUGGGGACCUGUGCUUCUCCUCAGUCUGAGGGCUGGGCAGAGGCUUUGUCAGAGCUGAGAUGUUCUAGCCAGUUUUGACCAGGACUUGGCUGUGACAAGAAGCGGGUCACAAUGAUCAGAGAGAUGUAGCUUUCUCUUCUGACAUAAGAGUAUAAUCACUUGAAGUGUUCUGUUCUUUUAGUGCUUAUCAUCAAUGUGUUUAAUAUUUGUUUUCUACAUUUCAAACAAA